UUCAUACUUCACUGGUUUCAGUAUGGGCCUUUACACCAUGGGACUAUAAAUUAAUGGCCAGAGGUAAGGUCCAGCAUCUGUUUCUCUUUGGUAAUCACCAUGGUGGACCAGCAUGCAUCUCUUGUGCUUAAUGACAAGUAACGGAGUGGUUUUGAUCCAAUAAAGAAUCAACACAUUUUUUGCUCAAUACCUUUAUUGCCCAGUUUAAAAUAUCACAGGACACGUGAGCUGAAAUUUAAAGAAAGCACUCUUCAGGUCAUGUAUUGAUGUCUACACAUCAGGAUUUCAGAGACUUUGACAGCUGUGAUAUACAUCAAUCCCAAUAAGGCCUGUUGCUAGCCACAGUUGUCUGAUGGCAAACCUAUUAUCCAUCAUUAUGAUAUUUCUCCCCGUUACGGGAGUGGACCUUCAGAUUCUGCCACCUUUAAUGAAUAAUGUGCCAUUUGCUUUUAUGUGGAAUGCUCCCACUGAACUGUGCUUGAAAAAAUAUGACAUUGAUUUAGACCUGAAUUAUUUCCAUUAUGUAAGCAGUACUUUGAAAACCUCAACCAACCAGUCAGUUUCAAUAUUUUACAUAGACAGAUUUGGGUCAUUUCCUUUUAUUGAUCGCCUUACAGGGAAAUUUUACAAUGGUGGGUUACCACAGCUUGGUAAUUUGAAGGACCACUACAAAAAAGCUGCAGAAGAUAUCACUUUCUACAUUCCUUCUGAAAAUGCUGGCUUGGCUGUAAUUGAUAUGGAAGAUUGGAGCCCACAGUGGAUAAGGAACUGGGGUAUCAAAGACAUAUACAGAAAUCUUUCAGUAAGUUUUGCCUUUCAGGUAGACUUAACCCUCACUUCAGACUCAACUGCUAAAGAAAUUGCAAGAAAGCACUUUGAAACUGCAGCAAAGAAUUACAUGAAGACGUCAUUAAUGCUGGGGAAGUCCUUAAGAGCUAAUCGAUUAUGGGGUUACUAUCUAUACCCAGAAUGCUAUAACUACAACUACAAUCAAAACCCAGAUAAUUAUUCUGGAAAAUGUCCUGAUAUUGAAUUAAAAAGAAACAAUGACCUUCAGUGGCUCUGGCAAGAAAGUUCAGCUUUAUUCCCAUCCAUAUAUCUGGAAAAAAUAUUGAAAAAUUCUUAUAGUGCUACCUUGUUUGUGCGUAACCGUAUCCUGGAAGCAAUGCGCAUUUCAUUGUUUCCCAACCGGACAAAUUACUCCCUCCCUGUAUAUGUAUAUUCACGUCUUGUAUACACGGACAGCAUUUCAACCUAUCUAUCUGAGGCUGAUUUAGUAAGUACAAUUGGAGAAUCAGCCGCUUUGGGAGCAGCAGGGAUUGUAGAAUGGGGUGAUCUGAAUCUGACAUUGAGUAAGAAUAUCUGCUCAUCUCUGAGGACUUACAUUCAAGCUGAUUUAAACCCCUAUGUGUUAAAUGUGACCACAGCAACUCGGCUUUGCAGUGAAAGUCUUUGUGGAGGGGAAGGCAGAUGUGUUCGAAAGAACAUGGACUCCAAUACUUACCUGCACUUAAAUUCAAGCAAUUUUCAAAUUACAAGAACGAUCAAUGGGAAGCUGAAAGUAGCAGGACAAUUGACCAAAGAAGAUAUACAGUUGUUCCGAUUAAUUUUUACCUGCCAGUGCUAUAUGGGAAAAAAAUGCAUGACCACUGACAAUGUACUCAGAAAGCCCAAGAUGCCCAAAAAUACAAAGGAUAAUCUACAAGCCUCAUUAGGACUCUGUAUAUUAUUGUUGAUAUGCAACAUGCUUCAACUUUUUGACCAGCACCACUAAAUAUAUUGUAGGUAAAUUGUCAUGUACCAUCCAUUACCAUCCGUACCAUCUUGGUAAUUUAUCAUUUAAAGUCUUUCAUUAAGUUUACAUCAGAAAAAUAUUUGUUUCUUCAAAAUAGAAGGGAAUCGUGGCUUCAAAGAUUAUCAUUAAUGCAAAUUUAAUGGUUAGUUCUGGGAAAGAAAGGAACUCAAGUUGAAGCAUAGUUAUUCAGAAUCCAAAUAGGACUAUCUUAAUUUUCAUCGAUAAUUACAUGAAGCGAAAGAUUAAAAAUUUAAAUCUUCAGAUGUUAUAAAUCAUUUGGUACCAACCAUUUUCAGAUUUUCAGCCCAUCCUCUUUGACUGUGUUUUUAAAGAAUGAUAACCUUUGAA